AUGCAGUACGACAACGGAGUGGCAAACAACGUCCAGGACGUCCGGGCGUUGCUGCCUCUUGAAUCGCGGUCGAAGGUGGCGUUUGCGGUGACGACGAUGAUGAUGAGGAAGCUCUCCCUCGAGCUGCAGCAGCAACACCCGUACGACAACGACGUGAUGGUGGUGAAGACGGUGAUGAUGGUGAUGGUGAUGGUGAUGGUGAUGGCGAUGGUGAUGGUGAUGGUGAUGGUGAAGGUCGUGGAGUCCGACAAAAGCGGCGACAGAGCGGCUGCUCUGAGCAGGGACCUCGAUGAGGAGGAAGAGGGCGCGUGGAAGGCCAGCUGUGCGGUGUUGGAGAGCGAGCUGGGUAUCGGGCUCCAGGAGGGCAGUAAGCUGCUGGCCCGGGGCUUCGGCUGGACCAGCCAGGCGUUCUGGAGGCAGGAGAAGGUGGGCUGA